UAAGUAGUUCGUAUUAUGUGGAGGCGGGUGCCCACCAGCGAGCUCUGACUUCCAGAGGACACGGAAACUGCCUGACAAGUAACCACAGCAGGUGGCCCAGCUUGCUAAAUCCUCCAAACACAGGCGACAGAAACAGUCCAGGCGUUCCGCACGUGGUCCAGGAAAGCGCAGGAAAGGUAAAGGUGCGCGUGCGCAGCAAACAGCGGUUAGGUUAGUGGCAGACAGGGCCCCCGAAGAGAAUGCAGCAAUGGAGUUACCGCCUACUCCGGGAACCCGGAGGGUUUCCAUCAGUAACCCUCAAGAGACAUCUGGCAGUCUUUCUGUCACCCCAGCCAUGCUUCCCACCCACCCAUCUAAGCUCUCUGUAGACCCCUCGAAGGUCUCCGCCUUUCGCGAGAGCUACAGGCCUUCCUUUGUCAGCAGCGGCCACAGCGGCAUGCGGGGGCCGACCUCCAUCCUCCAGAGGAGCUCCCUCAACCCCCCAGAAGGCCUGCAGGGCAAAGAAUCCAACGUCUCCUCGGUCCAUUAUGCCGACGAGGAAGGCAAGGCACUCUCGGCCAAGGACAAAGAUAAGGACAAGGAGAAGAGCAAGGGCAAGAGCAAGGGCAAGAACAAGGGCACAGGCAAUCGGCUGCUGAACAUGCUAAAAAAAACUCUUCAAGGGUCUGAGAGUGAAGAAUCGACAGUAUCACAUGAAACAACAAAUUUGAUACCAUUUGGAGAUGUGGUUGGCUGCCUGGCUGUUCACAUAAGGAGCUGUAGACAGUUUUCUCACAGAUUCAUUGUACAGCAACAUAUCAAUUUGUUCAUUCGAAUCUCUGUCAACAACAUUAUAAAAUGCACAAAACUUCGUAACUUGAAAGCUAUUAGUGAAAAGAACUAUGUACUUAGGUUUGAUGAAGUGAAGUAUUUUUCUGUACAGGUUCCCAGACGUCAGGAUGAUGAGCGGAAUAAUAUUUUCUUGGAAUUAAUGAAAGAUGGAGGAGACUCAGACAGGCCCGCUCAUGCCUUAGGCAGCGCCGAGUCACAUCUUUAUGAAGUGAUACAGAAAGGCUGCUUUACUGAAAUAUUGCAAAUGAUGCAUAGAAACAGUGUCAUCUGCAGGGUGGAAGUGGAAUUUAUGUUCUCCUAUGGAAGCUUUGGUUAUGGAUUUUCACAUCAGUUAAAACCUCUUCAAAAAAUCAUUGAACCAUCCAUGUUCAUGAAUAUUGCACCUCCUCCAGAAAGAACAGAUCCUGUCACAAAUGUUAUUACCCCACAACGAAUAGAAUACCCAGCGUUCCUGUCUCCAGAGUUUAAUGUCACCGUUGGGGCUGCUGAAACCAGCCAGGCAGCCGUGGUGCAGCUUGAAAAACUCCGUGAGAAACCCCGGGAAAGGUUGGAAAAAAUGAAAGAAGAAUAUAGAAAUCUGAACACGUGGAUAGAAAAAUCCGAGUAUUUAAAAAAUCUUAUUAAUCCAAAAGUGUCAAACAAAGAUUCUAAGGAAAGUAAUUCAAGUGAACUAAGUGAAUCAAGUUCUAAUCCACUGGAAGACCAGCACAGUAAAAUAUAUGAUAUCCAUCACAGAAAAUCUGAAUCUACUUCAAAUGAGUGGGUGCAGAGUGGUGAGAAGGAAGGCCUGGUAAUCCCAGUUUUGAGGCUGCUGGACCAAGGUUACACAGAGCCUGCUCUUUAUAAGGGUGGUGAAUCGGCACAGCCAGCAGAUGCUCUGCUGCCCCCUAUUCACACCCUGCAGAUAAUAGAAGAAGAUGAAAUACCACGUUUUCAAAGAACUUUUGAUCCAGAAGACAUGUUAUACGAAGACAGGAAAAGUGUAUUGUUUUCAGCGGAUGAAAACCUAAUCCCCAAAUGUCCAACCAUUUCUAAACUAGCCUCAUCUCUACAAGAGGUUAAGACAAAAAGGGAAAAAGUUCCUCAUUUUUCAGAUGCGUUAAUAAUACCUGAUAAACCCUUAGGACAAGAAAACACAAAUAUGAAAGGGAGACCUUCCAUCCAGUUAAGGAAAUCUUGGGAAAGACGUUCUACUGACUUUACCGGUGGUCUUCGAAAGGUGGCUUUUGCACAAAGGGAGUAUACAACACCAGUUUUCAGAGCAGAAUUGACAGAAUUCAAACCAAAACGGCAAUUUCAGAAACCCAGCAAGGGUGGUUUUGAUCCUUUUCUAAGGAACAUAAACAGCAAAAUGUCAUUCAAAAAGAAGAAAGACCAAGACGCACACAGAUAUUCAAGCGCUUUCAGUACAGAGAUUUUAGAGCACGAAGAUCAAGACCCUCCUUACCCAGAGCAGUUAAGAUCUGCAGAGUCUAGCACACCCUGGGCUGAAGAGUCUAGCCUUAUCACAACCCAGACGGCAAGCAGGAAGAAUAGCUUGCCUUCUGACUCUAUUGCCAGCACAGUAAUGAUUUCAGACAGGAAGAAUAAGUUGUCACAUGAUUCUACCAUCAACACACCUAACACUUCAAGUAUAAAGAAUAUAUUUGCAAGUGAUAAUCCUGUUGUCACCUUAACAAAGCUUUCAGAUUCUGAUAAUAAACUGUCAACUGAUUCUCGUUUUAAUAUAACAAAGCCUUCAGAUAGAAGGCUGUCCAGUGACCUGAGUUCCAGGACAACAAAACCUCCACUUUCAGAUACUAAGUUAUACAGUGACCAUAGUUUCAACACAACAAAACCUUCCGAUACUAAGUUAUACAGUAACCCUAGUAUCAACAAGUUGUCCCAAGAUCCUAGUAGCAAUGCAACACAGCUUUCAGGUACUAAUAGGUUGUCCCAUUAUUCUAGUAUCAAUGAAAAUAAAUCUUCUGAUCCUAGUAAUCUGUCACAUGACCCUAGUAUCAUUUCAACAAAGUCUUCAGAUCCUAAUAGGCUGUCACAUGACCCUAGUAUCAUUUCAACAAAGUCUUCAGAUCCUAAUAGGCUGUCACAUGACCCUAGUAUCAUUUCAACAAAGUCUUCAGAUCCUAAUAGGCUGUCACAUGACCCUAGUAUCAUUUCAAGAAAGUCUUCAGAUCCUAAUAGGCUGUCACAUGAUCCUAGUAUCAUUUCAAGAAAGUCUUCAGAUCCUAAUAGGCUGUCACAUGACCCUAGUAUCAUUUCAACAAAGUCUUCAGAUCCUAAUAGGCUGUCACAUGACCCUAGUAUCAUUUCAAGAAAGUCUUCAGAUCCUAAUAGGCUGUCACAUGAUCCUAGUAUCAUUUCAAGAAAGUCUUCAGAUCCUAAUAGGCUGUCACAUGACCCUAGUAUCAUUUCAACAAAGUCUUCAGAUCCUAAUAGGCUGUCACAUGACCCUAGUAUCAUUUCAACAAAGUCUUCAGAUCCUAAUAGGCUGUCACAUGACCCUAGUAUCAUUUCAAGAAAGUCUUCAGAUCCUAAUAGGCUGCUGUCACAUGACCCUAGUAUCAUUUCAACAAAGUCUUCAGAUCCUAAUAGGCUGUCACAUGACCCUAGUAUCAUUUCAACAAAGUCUUCAGAUCCUAAUAAUCUGUCACAUGAUCCUAGUAUCAUUUCAACAAAAUCUUCAGAUCCUAAUAAUCUGUCACAUGACCCUAGUAUCAUUUCAAGAAAGUCUUCAGAUCCUAAUAGGCUGUCACAUGACCCUAGUAUCAUUUCAACAAAGUCUUCAGAUCCUAAUAGGCUGUCACAUGACCCUAGUAUCAUUUCAACAAAGUCUUCAGAUCCUAAUAGGCUGUCACAUGACCCUAAGAAACUGAUAAGUGGUAAUACUGCUGUCUAUUCAGAUGCUACUACCAACACAGCAGAAUCUCAAGUUACUAUGAAUAAGUUAGCACUGGAUCCCACUAUCCUCACAGUAGACUCUUCAAACAGACAGAGUCUAUAUACAGAUAUAGACGAGCAGCUCCCAAACGUACCUUUACCAACUUUCCAAAGAGAACCGUCAGUGACUGGAAGUUUAAGCUUGUAUUGUUCCUCAAGCUCAGUAAGUUUUACCUCUGAUACUGAAAAUUUAAAACAGUCACUAGUACUCAGAUCAAUUUUAAGUAAAAAUCUGCAAGAUCUUUCACACGAGUUACUUUCUAAAUCAGAAGUCUUUACAAAUGCCAGGGUGACACAGGGAAGCUGCUCUUCUCCUCCAAGCAUGUAUACCAGGCCGUCAGAUGGUACAGAUGACAGAGUAUUUGAAAAAGUCCAAGAUAUACACAGCCGCCUAUCAUCAAAAGACAUUCUAAAUUCACAGACUCUUUUAAGUCCUGUAAUUAGAAGUGCUCAGGAUUCACUUCCAGAAGAUGAACCAGGAAAAGCGUCAGAUGCAGAUUAUGCUUCUGACAAACUCUCAGAGGCUGCUGAAACAAAGUUCCCAAUGCACAGAAAAAGUAGUUUAAAAAAAAAACAUUUAGCAAGUGAAGCAUCUGGCUCUGAACAGGAUUUAAACGGUGGUAUAUAUGACUACAUUAUCAAGCAAAUAUUCACUGCACCCAUAUUCUCACAGCUGGGGAUAAUACCAAAGACCCUGAGUGAGGCACAGAUGGUCUUACAGGAUCAGGUGCUCACACCUUGGGAGAGCAGGGAAUCUUCACACAUUGUUAACUAUGAAGAAAAAUACAAUGGAGUUUAUUUGUCACAGUCCAAAUCUGUAAUAAGCCAAAUAAUACAGUUGUUUUCAGCAAACACUUUUGUAGAAUCUGGGAUCAUCAAUGUGGUAGACCUAGAUAAAGCACAGCAGCGCCCUCUGUUGGACACACAGAAAGCCUCUCCUAAAGAGGAGCUGCAGACUUCCACAGAGCAGCUCUCUGAUGUCAACAGCCAAAGCAAAGCUCCUUCCAGACAGAAUACACCUAACAGCAGCCCCCAAGAUGCUUCUUGGAGUGGAGUUGAAUACACAGAAGGCUGCCAAAGUACUUCAAAAUAUCCAACACCAGAUGGAAAGCCAGACUCACCAACUGACUUCCAGAAGUUUGACGCAGAGGAGAUGGAGCUAAGGUCCGCUUUCGACAGUUUAAGCAGCUCACUGAGGAAAGUUAAAGUCACAAACACAGUAAUGUUAAAAGCCUUCCUAAAAAAUAUUUUCAAAGUUUUCCUAAAAUAUAGUCAGUCCAAUGGAAAAUCAGACACAGAGUUAGAAGGACCAAGUCAGCCUUCUUUUUCAUGUGGUACAGCAGAGUACUUAGAGAAUCUUCAAGAGACUCCUGACAAAGCAGACAGGAAGCCCAUUUUGAAUCCAAAGCUGAGUGUGUUUCUAGAGAAGCUCUCAGAGUUAGAAGUAAAAAAUCUGAAGUCUGAGUUAAGUAAACAUAUUCAACAUUACCUUGUAGAAAGACUUUCCGAAUCAGGCCAUAUCACCAAGGAGGACUUACCAAAAAUACACCGAAAUCUCUAUCAGAUGAAUGAGGACCAAGAGGCAAAAGGACAAAGUUCUUUUAAGGAGAACUACUCAGAAACUGUAGAAAAAAUCAUGUCUUUUGUAAGUAAUUUUAACCACUGUUUCAUAGACAAACACUUAGAAGGAAAGCUUAGAUCUUUUCUAAGUGAAAUUCUCCAGAAUUACUUCCUGAAGAAUCUUCCAGUGAGCAACCUAUUUAAUGAGAAUGACGCUAUGACUCCGCAUCCCAGCGUGUCCUCUAUGGGAAGUGAGUGCACCCUGAGGCCUCUCCAUGGGCUGGGCCACGACACUGAAAGUGAGAGUUUUGGUUCAGAGGGUAAAAUAAAUAUGAAUUACCCUUUCAGCAAUUCUCUACAAAAUUACCUUAACACUUUAUCAGAAAAUGAAUUAACAAGUAUAAAAGGUGACUUGAGCAAAUACCUUCAUGCCCUCUUUUUAGAAAAACUUUAUAACUCAGGAUUAGUGACAGAAAGACAACUAAAGGAGAUCAGCCAGAAAACUAGCCCACUGCAUCCACCCUCCACACCAUUAAAGUUCAUAAAAACAGAUCUACCUUUUAGAGAUGAAAGUUAUUUUAUGAAGGAGAACUUAGAAGAGCAAAAGAAAUAUUCAAAAAUUGGUCAAAAUACCACUUUACAAACAUGUCUUGAAGAUAAGUGUGGAGAAACAGAAGUGUCCAGAAAGAAAGAAAAGGGAAGUUGUUUCUCACACAAUUCAAAAGACAAUCAAUCAACAAUUUGGGAACAGAAAAAUAUUUAUAACAGGGAAAGUAAACCACUCAGUUUUGUAAAAGUACAACCUUCUCCCAACAAAAAUAUCCAGGCAAAUCCAACAAGUAAGUCACCAGAAAGACCUGCAGACAUAGCACUUAAGAAACACAAAAAAGAACAUUAUUUCACACAACUUCCUCAAGCAGAAAAUUCUUUUUAUAGAACGGAGAUUCAAGAUCCAUACAUUUGGGAUGGCGGAUCAAAAACAAUUCAAUCAAAAACUUACUUUGAAAAGACACUGAAAGUGAAGACAUUUGACAAAAGGGAGAACCAUAACAUUUAUAAAUUGAGUAUUCAGGAAAAACCUGAUACAGGAUUUUCACCGUAUCCUAAGCUCCCUGCUUGCAAAGUACCAAGAGAAAAUGAAAAUGGUAACAGGCUGUCCUUUCCUACCUGGGUUACUCAUGUUAACCCUGAUAAUGGUGAACAAUCGAAAUUAGACCAGUAUUGCCAGAAACUGAAAGGAAAUAAUAAUAACAAUAAAAAACACUUGGUUACAUUUGCACAAUUCAAAAACGAAAUGGAAACUCUUUAUAGAAACCCCUAUGAAGCUUGCAAUGAAAAAUGUACCAAAAUCUCUGACUCACGGUCAUUUAAAUAUAAAGACAACGAGAGAAAUUCAAGGCCAUUCUUCUUCCCGGAAGUAUUGAAGAGAGAAAACAUGAAAUCCAAAAGAAAAGAAAGAGACCACCCCACCAAACCAAAAAGGCCAUUUCACAAGAUAGUUAGGAUCCUACCAGCCACACUGCCCACUACAAGACCUCAUCUUCGGAAGUCUGUGCCAAGGACUUUACUUCACUGGACUGCCAGGAGAACUGUACAUGAUUGUUUCGAUAGAUUCGAAGAACGCGUACCCUCAGUUAAAUGUCCUAAAAAGUCAAAAUCAAGAGCAAGACUUUUAGGCAAGAGUCCAGAUGAUCCUCAUAAUCAGGCAAAACACUGUGCACGACCAUACACUGCUCCAGAGCCUAACAAACGAAGAGAAUGUGCCACCAGGAAAUUUGCAAGUCCUCACAUGGUUUCAGCGGGCUUAGUUCACAUACAUGCCACCCCAGAGUAUGAGAUACGUAAAAUGCGCUCCAAAAGAAAAUUAAAAGAGGAUAUUGAAAAACGUUCACUCAUUUGUGAUAUUAUGCAGAUGCUACACGCUGCACAAUGA